GCAAAGUUGGCGCUACUGUCGUUUUCGGAAUUUCUUCGUGUUGACAAACGUCAAAGGCGCAAUGGCCAAGCAAAAGGGUGAGAAAAGCCGCAAAUCCGCCAUCAAUGAGGUGGUAACUCGUGAAUAUACAGUAAACCUUCACAAAAGGUUGCACGGAAUUAGCUUUAAGAAACGAGCCCCUCGUGCUAUCAAGGAAAUUAGGAAAUUUGCUGAACAGCAGAUGGGUACUCCUGAUGUCAGGAUUGAUACUCGUUUGAACAAACAGUUGUGGUCAAAAGGGAUCAGGAAUGUUCCUUUCCGUGUUCGCGUCCGCUUGUCUCGGCGACGAAACGAUGAUGAGGAUUCAGUUAACAAACUUUUUACUUUAGUGACUUACGUCCCUGUAGGAACUUUCAAGGGACUACAAACUGAAAAUGUUGACGCCAGUCAAGAGUAACUGGAAAUAAAGUUUUUUCACUA